UAUUGAGCAUCACUGCAUCUAUGAUGCCAUGGGGUGUUUUGGAGUACAGUCAAGAACAGAAGAGGCAUGGAGCUCCUGUUCUAGGCAUGUCGUUUGAUUUCUGACUUUGGAAGAAUUUAAAUGAAUAUGUUGAAGCAUUAAUUACCUUGAAGCAAAAAAUUAUUAAUACAGAGAAUUAUGGCCUUGCUUGUAUGCACAUUGAAAUAUCAUUUUAAGUGAGUUUUGUCUUCAGACAACCAUAAGUAGAUAAAAUUAUCAGAGUUUUCUUUAACAAGUUUUACAGCUGCAGUUUGCCAGAAGAGAGAAUAGUACUCUGCAUCAUCAAGUGGAACAGAUGCUUCAAAAAAUUUCUCCUCUGCAGAAAUGUCAGGAAGAACUGGGAUUUUUAAAAGCUGAGCUAGAAGAGAAAAAGAGUUCUCUGAAGUUGUAUCAGGAUACUCAUCAGGAAUAUGCUCGUGUAAAAGAAGAAUGCUUGAAAACUGAUGCUCAGAAGAAGAAACUAGAAGCCAAGGUGAAGAAGCUGGAAGAGGCUGCUGUCAAGCAAACUCAGGACUUCAAGCAACUAAGGAAUGAAAAGAAUAUACUUGAAAAGGAAUAUAAGAAGACACAGGAAAGGCUUGAUGAAUUUUCUAAACAGAAACAUGCAAAGGAGUUGAGACAUAUUGGAACACAGAUUUCAAGUGAUUCUUAUGGAAGCAUAGAUAAAAGAAAAGUAAAACUACUUCUGAAGGAACUCUGGCUCUGUAUAAACACAACACACAGAGUACCUGGUGAAAGCAGCAGAUGUGUCCCAGCGGCCUUCAUCAGAGAACAUUCAGAGAAACUGGCAGGACCCACAGUGGAGGCAAAUUUGGCAGCAAAACCUGUCCAAGAAACGUCUAGAUCCAGAGAGUCCAGGGAAGAUGACAUGCCCACUCGGGUAGGAGGCAGUCCUCUCAGAGCCUCAGCUGUGCAGACAUGUCUGGCAGAGCUGUCUAUGGAGAUAGAGGGUGACUUCUCUGCAUGUAAAAAUGUGGGAGAAGAGAUACCCUGUGCAGCAGCCCACCAUAAUGAGGACCAGCAUCCUGAAGUUUCAGUCCAGAGGAAUGAUGAGGACAGUACUGACUUUUCUGAUCAUGAUCACUCCUUUGAUGAAGAUCUUCAAGCUGCAGUUGACUUCUUCAAACUUCCCCCUCCGCUUUUGUCUCCAGUGCCAUCACCCCCUCUGGGGUCCUUCCCAAACCGGGGCACCUUGCCUUCUUCACUUGCACCUGAAACCUAUUUUGGAGAGUAUACAGAUUCCAGUGAUAAUGACUCAGCCCAUCAUGGAAAUUCUGCUGAGUCUGUUUCAGAAGAUGAUACAUCUGAGGCACUGGAUUGUUUUGGCUCAUCCAGAAAAAAUAAUGGAAGUGGUACAUGGGAGGAAGAGCCCAAAUCACAUGAAGCUACCAAAGCUCUAAACACGUUGGAAGGAAAUGAAGUGACAGCGGUUGGGUGUGGGACAUUUACAGCAUCACCGAAAGAACCUACAGCCACGUUCUCUUUAGCUCAUGAGAAACACUGGACAGUGUCUUCUCAAUUCAUGACUAGAAGCAUUUUAGGUGAGACAAAAAGACAAAGAGAGGUUAGGGAGAUGGAUAAGUCAGUGCAAACUGAGGAAACACGUUGUAAACCCACCGGAAGUGUGAGUAUGGAGAAGUCGUCUGGCAGCCUAGCACAAGGGAAGGAAGCAGCCCUUGGCACGUCAGAAAUGUGUUAUUCUCCCCUUGGCAGGAGGCCAUUAAAUGAACUCAUGGGAUCCAAAGGAAAAACUCCAUUGUCCAGAAUGAUAGGAUCACCUAAAUCAGACUUUACUAAGUGGACACCACCUAAUGAAACCACUUGUAAAUCAGAUCACAUAUCAGUUUCUGACCAUCUUCAAGGAAUAUCUAGAGAAUUGGAAAAGGAAAGAGAAGAUAGGCAAGGGUUUGUUUUAACAGAAUCACCUGAAUCUGAAGAAAUUGAAGGUGAUGUAAUGGAUGCAACAGAACUUGAUGUUGAAGCCAAAUGUUCUUCCUCUUCUACCUCGGGAGCAUUGUCUGUCUACAAUAAUCCCCAGUCUUCCUCUGGGUUGAAGUGUGGUCAUGAGACUCAUGUUCCUACUGAAGUAAUCCCUACAGAAGUGUGUCAUUCAGAACAGAAUUUACAAGCUAGAACUUCAAAUGUGUUAGGUCUGCAGUCUGAGCCAUCAGAGUGUUCUACAGGAGCAAAUGACCCAGAGAAUAGCUUGCAUGCUAUGAACCCUGAAUUAGGAGCAUCUGAUUGUCAUCAGAGUAGUAGUGGAGUAGAAUGUACAAAAGUUGUAAAAGGUAUGACCAAAGUGUGUGCCCUUCCUCAGUCAGUAUUUAUGAAAGCCGUGAAAAGUGGACAGUUUGAAAACCAGGGUCCAGGAGUUGAGCUCACACCAAGUCAGUCAGAUUUCACACCAUUAGUAGAGUCUCAGUCAGGCUUGAUCAAGAGUGGUUUUGGUUUAGUUAAAAGCACUUCUUGGCACCAUAGUGAUCUGUUAAGGAGAGGUGGUGAAGAAAGGCUGAGAGCUAAGUCAGAACAUCAACAAGAGACCAACCAUCAGUUACAAAAGGCAGUGCCAUCCUUAGACAAUAGAGAGUCAGUGUCAUUGUUGCCUAACCAAGUGUCAGUUAUCACCAAGCAGGCCAGGCCUGAAACGACACAGAGUGCUAGAUCAGAACCUUCAAGACUACAUAGGAAGGAGCCUGCCUCAGCAACAGAGAAUAUUGCUAAUGUGACAUCUAUAGCAAGAUUUGGAGAAAGAGAGGAGACAACCCAGAACAUCAAGGAGGUGGCUACUACAAAAAGGACUUCACCAGAAGGAUCCACCACUUGGAGAAAAUUAGAUUUUGAUUCUCCAAGUGGUUCUUUACCAGGAGAAAAUUCUCAUUGUUCCACAAAUAGUAAAUUAUCUUUUUUUUCUGAAAUUACCCCAGUCCCAAACCAAAACAUGACGGAACCUGCAGUGCAGACAGAAUUGCAGGACCAGCAUCCAUGUCUAAAUACCACAGACCUGGAUUCAUCUGGGAUCGGUGCAGAAACACUUUCUCCAGCCACAGAAAUGGCAGCGUCAGGAGUUGUUCCUGUUGAAGAAAUAUCUUGUGGAGAGAGAGUCAGAUCGGGUGGUGAAGCCCUGGCCAUUUCAAAGGACUCUCCUAGAGGAGAGCAAAGCCUGGAAGAGCCUCUGAAACGGCUGUCGCCAACUCCUGACAGUGCUUCCGAAGGUCUGGGCACCACAGGUGCUGCCUUGUUACCAGCGAUUGGCAGAAAAGAUGAGACACAUGGUAUCCCCCAAAGCAGCCUUCCUAGUCCUCUGUACUGUUACACAGGCAUUCGGGAGGUGGGAGGUGGUGACACUGAAGUGGAGGAGAGUGAGGCCCCUAGCUGCAGUGAGGGUGAAAAUGAGCCUGAAGCCGUAAUGGGUAAGCAGCAGCAGGAUGCCGCUGAGGCCUCCAGAAGAACUGUAGGAGCUGCGGAUGCUAGUGCUGCCGAGACCAGGCCUUCUGCAGAGGUGGGCUGUCUGACUUCAGCACUGCAGGACUUCAAUAUCAGUACACUCUCUGAGAUAGACAGACUUUCUACGUCAGAGGUGGUUAUGUUUCUUGAAAGUUGUCAGUUAAGAGAUUAUAGUUCAGGGGACUCUGUUUCUGAAUAUUCUAGCAAAGAAACCCUAAACAAAGAAAUGAACAAAGAAUUAAAGCAAAGUGAAAUACCAGGAGAAAAGUAUGGAAAGCAACUCUGUGAAGAAGAAACACUCAAAACCUGUGAAGAGUGGAUUGAAUCAGAGGAAGAUGAUUGUUCCUUAAGGGAUGCGAGUCAGCUCACUCAGUGUUCUUUGGAAACACUGUCUGAGGUGCUCACCAAGAUUGGGCAGGAACUUCAGUCCAACUAUGAGGACUCAGAUGUGAAAGACGCUAGUAAUUUACUGCUCUUCAGUAUACAUGACAGCCUAGCAACCGAACACAUAAAAGAACAAGCCUCACCUCAGCCAACAGAUGGCUCCUCAUUGCACCCUUCAGACCCACCCCCAUCAACAGACGGUUUGAACAGUUCGCCCACUGGCGGGGCAUCUACUAUUGAAAACACUCAGGACAGACCUGAGGAUAACUUGGAUGUGACCGGGCUGAUCAACAGUGGGGACGAGGUCUUGUCAGAACUAGCGGAGCCCCCACCCCAGGGUUCUGAGAUAGACGACAGUGCUGGUUGUGAGACAGAAAGGACAUUUCAGUGUCAGAUAUCUACAGUGACUUCCGAAGUUAUAAAUGUGCUGAUAAAUAAGGACCAAAAUCUAGUCAUUGAAAAGGGGGACAACUGGACCAUCAUAAACGGGGUACCACUCGUGCCAAAUGUGGAUCAGGUUAUCCUGUGUGACACCCCUGGAGACAUCCCUGCUUCCCCAGAUGGAGGAGGGCCGGGAGCUGGUUUCAUUUCCGUUACUUCUGUGGACAAGUCCCCAGAGACCAGCCACCCUGGCUCUCCAUUUCAGGAGCCCCCAUGUGACAGUAAUCUUCCAUGCACCCAAGAGGAUAUUUCCAGCAGUGGCCAGAGUUCUAACUUUGAUAAAAGUCGUUUGCGGAAUAGACCUGUUAAACCUAGUGUAAGGAUUAGUUCUGAAAUUUAUGAUCAGAUCUUUGAGUCUCAGAUUGUUGCGUCUGAUCACACGUAUUAUAACUCGAAACUGGAGCCAUUUGGCAAAAACAAGAAUCGAUCAAAGAUUUCAAACAAAGAUCAGACAAACAAACCAGUAAAGACUUCGGCAUCUGGCAGAGUUGAAACUAACCCAGGUGAAGUUUCUCAGUCAUCUUCAGGUGACAGAGGUAACACAAAAACCCAGAGACCUCAAACUCAGACCAUUCUGGACAAUGCUGACACCUCUACCCCUACAGAUUGUUCUGCUGACACUCUAAGUAAAAUUCGGCAGGAGGUGGGGCCCCCUUUGCCGCCCCUGCUUGCUCCUUUGAUUGCCACUCCUCCUAGGACUUCACACCCAGUUUCUCCUCUGAUAUCAAGUUCCAGUCCUUCCUCACCCACCUCUCCUGUUGGCCAGCUUUCUCCAUUGAAUGAGAUCCCAAUGCCAUCUGUGAUGUCGCCUUUGCUGGAAGACCCAGGGCGUGCCUCCCCCUUGUGUACAUCUCCAUCCCCAUCUGCUGUACCCACUGGGGAGAGGAUAUUGUCAUCGCCUUUGCAGUUUUGUGCCACCACCCCAAAGCAUGCUCUCCCUGUGCCCGGCAGACUGCCUCCUUGUGCAUCAGCCCACACUACUGUGGCUGCGCCCCAGGAGAAUUCUGUUAAAAUCCUUGACACCAUGUACCCAGAAUUAUCUGCCAGGGCCCGCACUCUCAACAUCCUCAAAGGGAAUAUUCAGCUCACCCGAGGGCCACCUGCUGACCGUCAGAAUUUACCAGGGCCAGUCAGUGCUAUAACUGGCUUCAAAGCAAUCACUUCCAUGUCAACUGCCUUUGUCAAAACAGGGAGCAGCUCAGGUGGUGACUGUAACCAGGAUAAGUCAAGAGAGUUGGGAACGCAACAGGAUUCAAGUGGAAAGAGGACAUUGUCAGCUUGUACACUGCGGAGUGCUAAAAGAUUGCGCCUGGACAGCGCGUCCCCAGAACCAGAAACUGGGAGCAUCACUCCAGAAGGAGUCAACAAACACCCCCGCAGAAACCUCCCUCAAGCUGAAGUUGCAGUGACAGAUGAGGAACCAAGUUCUGUUCCGGCUGCCAGUACAGUCUCACAGUUGCCUCUGAACCCCAAAGAAACUGUGGAGUCCCAUGAUAAAGCCAUAGCUGAUGCCCUGAAGAAGAUUGCAGAGUCCUCCUUUGACCUGUUGCCUGUCAUUCGUAGUCACAUAUAUGUGGGAAAUAUCUCCAAAAAGCCUGUAAUGAGAGAUCAAGAGAAAGAAGUUGUCUAUGACUUCAGCACAACAAAGAAGCAUUUAGCGGAGUGCUUGCUUCACUCUAUUCUCUCAGAACUAAAACUCCAGAAGACAUCUCUGGAGCACAAUUACAUUCAUGCACUCUGCAGAGUGUAUGUGGGUAUUUGUCGGCAACUUGGAGAUGUGGAAAGAGCUCGCUUGUUCUGCUACAGCCUACUUAAGGAAGAUUUUCCAGAGUCAGAAAAAUUGACAUUGUUCAUUGCAAACAUGUGGCAUGAUAUAUUUAUCUCUCAAUCUGUGAUUAAUAAGGCAAUGCAGCUAGUUGCCAGGCAACGUGCUAAAGGAGAGGUUCUAAACUGUUUAAGAGCUUUUCUCAACUGGGAAAAGAAUGCUCCUGCAGAUGUUGGCUUCAUGGUUUCUAAGCUGCUUUUGACCAUCCAGUUAUGUCCAAAAACAGAAUUUCAGUCUAGUGAAAGAUUUGGUGAAGACCUAAGUGAUAACACUUGGGAGUACAUAUUUGCCAUUGAUCUGCUCUGCUGCCAUCAGAAAUGGAUUUGGACACACGAUAACAUCAUAAGUAAGGAGCUGUGGCCUGUAAUGGAUAAAUGGAUAAAAUACAGAAAAGGACAUGCAAACAUUGCAUAUAUCCCUGACAUUAUUAUAGCAUCAAUACUGAGGCUGAUCGGUCGUUUAGGCCAGUUGGGUUUGAAGGAAGGAUUUCCAUCUGCUGUGAAAAAUAUUAGUUCGGUUAUCGGUAUGUUCAUACAGCACGCCCAGGAUGAAGAUAUACCAUGGGGCAUACAGCUAGCAGCCGUGUAUGCGCUUUGUGACUUGAGUCCCAGCAAUCCAGCAGAAAUAUCCAAGAUCCUGGAAGCAUGGCGCAAGGAGACCUCUCACAGCGUCCCCUCUGCCGUGGUCAGCUCCCUGGAGGAAGUCAGUGCACUGUGUGCGGAGGAGCUCGGCUGAGCCACCGCCUGCACUGCGCCUAGAGAAGUGCCUUCACGUAUCUGAAUAUGAUAAACAGGUUAAUCGGCUUUCGCAAUGCAAACUGAGGUUUCACAAAAAAGACGCAAAAGAGAAAAUUCGAAGAGGCUCUCCUCGCCGUGUGUCAAGGAGACAGGAGAAAUGCACAGUGCACAGCUGUGUUUCCCCAAACCACGUAUUAAAUCACUUAAGGCCGUCAUGAUUACGUGGCGUAUGGAUUGUAUUAUUGUGUUUUGGUCAAACAACAAAAACUUGAACUUAGCCCUUUUUGCUGCAGAAAGUGUCCUUUUAGUCGCUUUUUAAAAUUGAGUGGCAUUUUUUAAUGAAUUUAAUAUGAAAGCAUUGAUUUGGUUCCUGAGCUAAUUCUGGCCUUUGUGCUCAAAUGACUAGGAGAAACUAAAUUGGCUACAAAAGAACUAGAAGACUCUUCCACUAUCUUAGCUGGAAAUGGGCUAUAGAAGUUUUUCUAAAGGUGUAGUAUGCAACCGAUCGGGUAAAACACGGAGGAGCCUCUAGAAACUCACCGCAAUGCGUUUUCUUUACAGGAGUUUCUUAACUAAAGUUUCUUCAGCUAUUUAACUAUCAGGAAAAGGAGACUGAGCAGGAGAAGUCCACUGCAGGUUCUGUGUCAGUGACGUGUACAUACCGAUCAGAGGCCGGUGCGGCAGAGCUCUUCGCCGUGUACAUACGGACAGUGGAUAAUGUGUGUCACAUUCGAUGAUGUUCCGCUUUCGGAAUUUUAGUAUUUGUACAGAGAAAAUGGGUUUAAUAACUCACCGUGGUUCUGAUUUGUCUUAUAUUCAUCAUUUCUUAAAUCUCUUGUAUGUGUUUUUUUAUAAUAAAAAAUAAAAGUAAGCCAUGUA